AUGAAUCAGAUUAUUGACAACCUAUGGGUCGGCGACUUGAGAGCAGCACUGGACACAGAAAUGCUCAAGGCCAAUAACAUUUCAAGUACUUUCAUUCGCUUCCAAAUCAACCUCGAUGACACCGAAGAUGCGGAUAUCCUGGCCCAUCUCAUCUCUGCCGUUGCCUUCAUUGAAGCAGAACUCAACAAGGGCAAGGGCGUCCUAGUGCAUUGUCAAGCGGGCAUGAGCCGAAGCGCGACCAUUGUCGCUGCAUACCUCAUGUAUGUCCGACAUAUCGAUGUGGGGAGCGCGUUAGAGCUUAUCCGGAAGGCGCGUCCGAGCAUACAACCUAAUCCAGGGUUUCUGCGACAACUGGAGAUCUUCCACCAAGCCUCGUAUAAGGUCUCGAAACGGGAUAAGGCAACACGGAUGUUCUACCUCGAGCGGGUCGUCCAAGACGUCAUGAAUGGCGAUGGGGAAGUAGAAACAGACUUUUUCGCAAAGUUUCCCCAGACACCGUCCGACUCUGUUCCACCAACACCCACCGGCCCACGCCGUAAAAUCCGCUGCAAGAUGUGCAGACAAGAGCUAGCCACGCGAGAGCACAUGCUCGACCAUGGGCAGCUUGGUCCCCCCACGCCCGCCUCCGCUGCAGCCUUCUCCCCCGCUGCCUCCCGGCGGCCCUCCAUGCACGACGGCAGGCCGUACAACCUCGCCAUGUCGCCUUCCACCUCGCGCCGCCCGUCGAUGCACGACAGCCGACCGCUCGGCCUCACGCCGCUCGGCCAAGCGACGCCCACGAUGUCGCGCCGGCCGUCGGGCUCGGCGCACGAGCCCGCCGCCCGCUCGCGCCUCGGCUCGAACACGGACACGCGCCCGCUCAGGUCUUCGCUCCUCGCGCUCGAGAGCGCUGCACAGCUGGGGCAGAACAUGUCGGACUCGCUGUCGGAGUCGGCGCUCGAGGAGGAGGAGUCCGACGAAGACCCGGGCAAUGGCGGGCAGGAGCAGAGCGCAGAGGACAAAGACGAGCAGACGCAACAGGAUGAGGCCGAGGACACCGACCGUGCGCCGCAGCAGGAGGCGCGGCCGUCGCCGCCGCCUCUAUCAAGCUCAGCGUCGGGGCCGCUACCUGCUAUCUCGCCCAUCCUGGCGCGGCGGCUAUCUCAGUCGUCCGGGCUGAUGCAUGGGUCGGACCUAGCCGCACAGCUAUACGCGAACCCGAAGCUCGCUGCGCUCCGCUCGCCGCCUGCUGCGCUGAACAUGACUGCGCUGACGUCGCCGGUCUCUUCGUCGUCGCCCAGCGGAGUGAAGGGGCUCCCAUACAGCCCCCCGAUCCUGGUGAACCCCAAAUGUUCGGGGUAUUUUGUCGAGCCGAUGAAGUGGAUGGACGUCUUCCUCGAGGACGGGCAGAUGGCGGGGAAGAUCGUCUGUCCGAACAAGAAAUGCGGUGCGAAGCUGGGCAAUUUCGAUUGGGCUGGCGUGUGCUGUGGGUGCAAGGAGUGGGUCGUGCCGGGCUUCUGCAUCCAUCGCUCCAAGGUGGACGAGGUGGUGUAAUGGAUCGUGGAUCGUCUGUACGUUGGAAUGAUGUAUAUUUGUAAGACACGAAUCUCGUUUCAGGUUGUCAGAACUCUAUCGCGGAGCAUAUACUCGUAUGCACAUGCUCGAUACACACUCUAGGACCUCUCCGCCAUUGUACCCAAAAACCCAUUGUUCACAAGCCACAGAGACGGACUACAUAGCUCUUCAUAUGGCUGACUACUCCUGCCAUUCCAUCAUAUUUCCGAAGUACCUCAGGAAACAAUGCAUAACUCGUUCCGCUCU